CGAGAAGGAAAUCCUUGGGGUCAUUCCUCGUUCCCAAAGGAUACCCCGCUUGUUGCAUUGAUGGAAAAAAGCUCACAAUUCGUGCAAACGAAGUUCUGAAAGUUCGUUGAGGACGCCGGGUUUAGGGGCUACCGUACAGCCUGGUAAUCAUGUCGAAGCAAGAGACAGGAAACAGGAUGGGAGGAGACAUGAUGCACAGGGGUAGUCCCAAGAAACGAUUUCUCUGGCGUCGAAUGCUGCCAAUGCUGGCGGAUACCUCCAUGGAUAUCACAAGGAGCAAUGACAGAACAGCUUUCUCACAUCAACAGGAAACACCAGCGAGACUGAUCAUCUGUCAUGAUAGGAAGAGGGAGAAGAAGAGAGUGAAUAAGGAGUUUGAAGUAGGUUUGGUGGAAAACAAGCUUGCUCAACUCGACUGGAAAUCGCCUCCAGAGGACGAGUCCUGUUCCUCAAGCUUGGAAAGAACCAGCAACAUGACUACUAGGCAAUCACAACAGCCUCAACUCACUGUUCAGCGGAAAGUGUCGCUGGAAGAAUCACAAAGUAGUGAAGGGAGCGAAGAAGAUUUUCCCUCUUGUGAAUCACUGGACCUGUCAAACAUCAAGAAACAGCAUGAAAGCAAUGACGCCCUUGCAGGAAGUGUUCGAGGCUCCCACCAAGUUGUGAGCACGGCUGCAUCCGUACUCUUACUCAUGCGGUAUUCGGUGUCGGAAGAAGCAAUCAACCGUUUGUCGUCGGCAAAGAAACCAAGAAAGGAAACUCUCAAAGCAGCCCCUACGAGUACGUGUAACAAGCAAGAAGUGAACGAGACACCUGUGCCAACAGAAAGCCCUCCUUCCAGUUCUUUGGCACUGCAAGACGACAAACCACUCGACAAUCCGUCAGAAACACCUCUGCGACGAGUAUCUACUUCGUCAAUAGGACCAGAAUGCCCCAAUCGAUUGGCCAUGCCGGAAGACCCCAAUGAACUAAACAGUCUACACUGCUUCGUGCGAGCCCAUUUGCUGGAGGUAUUCUCACUUCCUUCUCAAAAAGACAAACCAGGGCGUGUCGGUCUCCGAUGUGUGUUUUGUGCUCAUUUGCCGAGAAAAGACAGAGCAGGAACGACCAUGUGCACGUUUUAUCCCAAGAGUCUUCAAGACCUCUACAGAAGCGUCAUGACCUGGCAACGUUUACACUUUAGAGUCUGCAAACAUGUCAGCAACAAAUUGAAAGACGAAUACUGGAAGCACAAGGAAUCUGACCAAACAAGAGGAAAAACGACCUACUGGGUUACCAGUGCUAUGCGACUGGGGCUACAAGACAUUAGCCAUGGGCGAAAUGGCAUCUACUACAGCAAUCCCAAUCCCAAUCAUCAUCAUCAUCCCAGCCACUCUCCAUCCAAGCAAGGGCAGAUCUAAUAAUGAAACACUAGCUAGUAUUUGUUACAUGUAAGCCUCUCACCCAUCCGCAACA